CAAACCUGUUUUACAUGUAAUUAACCGGCGCAGUCUGCACCUUCGUCCUCAAAGUAGAAGUAGUUGCUAUCCUGCUUAUCUAUCACUUUCGUCGAUAAAGAGACGAAGUUACUAGACCGACUGACUCUUUCCGUAUUAGUAGUGUGACAAUUGUUUUUUAGGUUCCGCUCCAAUUACCAUUAGUUACGACGUUCCUACACGGACUCGUAUCGACGUAAUCCAUCUCUAGGUAGAAGUAGAAGUUACGAAAACGAAAUGAAAAUGAGUCGUCAACACAGCUCAGGCGAGCACAGCCUUGGCGGGCACUGCUUGCUGACGUGGAUGGCCCUGACCCUCAUGAUGGAAUCGGGGUUGUCUCUUAAAUUCGCGAAUAAGAAAGAGCAGGGCGAGUCCCCUGGAUGCCCUGGGUGUUGCUCUUCGGCUGAAGAUAAGGCUGUGCAUCGUACUGGCGGGGGACGUUCCGCCUCUGCUGCUCCCGCCUCUGGCGGACGUGCCGUCUCUGCUGUUUCUUCCGCUCCUUCUCCUGCUGGUGGAGCCAGGCGUGCCGACUCGGCUGUAUCUUCCGCUGUUGCCGCGGGUGGAAGUGGCGGCUCUGGUGGUGGUGGAGGCGGCAGCACCAGCCUUGGUGGAGGUCGAGCUGUGGUUGCGGCUGCAGGCGCUGGCGGAGUCGUUGCCGCGCCAUUUUCUAAAGGCAAUGCCGCGCUUACUCGGGGUUCGCUUGAUGAGGUGCACACGAGUGACGGCAGCCUGUUACAGGUACUACAGCACCAAGCUAAUUCUACCGACUUGCGUUGCCAUACUUUUAUAUAUAUUAAUAUUGAAUAUUAAGGCGUCCGUAGAGAAGUUUUAUUCUUAUUGUUACCUCAAGUAGUACUAGUAGAGCAUGCUGAUAUUGAAUAUCAAUUGGAGUCACACCUAGUGAAAAAGUGAGGCGGACUGCUUCCCGCCUGGUAGAUUAUUUAGGUGUGCAACUGUUCCUUGCCUUUACUCCUAGGGCUCAUCAGAGCAAUAAAGCCGAUGUGACUUAGCGUCGAUUGCUCUCCGAUAGUUGUAGACUUCUUGAACUUGUGGCCGUUGGCUUACGGGCUUAUACUCCUCCAGUAUGUAAGUGCUUAGAAGUUGUUUACGUGAUUAGUAGGGAGGCAGCAUCUAGUCCUAACGAAAAAAUAAUCGCGAUAUACAAAAAAGGUCGCGCAACGAAUUGAAUUAUUUUUAUUUAAUACCUACAUCAAUCUGACUCAUACUCCAUUAUUUUUAUUUAAUCUAGCUCCAUCGUGGAUUUUAGUUAUAUUCUCUAAUUAUCAAAAAUCCCAUCAGUUGGCGGCUUACCAGGGCCCGCUCUCGCGAUAUGCAAUUCAUCAAGAACACUCUCCUACAUAUGAUAAUGUUGGGGGCGUCGGGCUUCCGCGGAGCAGAAGCCCGCUCCUGGGCAGCGACGAGAAGCCCCUCGGGUCGUUCGUGAUACGAGACAGCGACCUGUGGAAUGCCAUCGAGAAAGACUUUAAAGCGGGAAACAAACACUGCAAUAGGGGUCGGUAUAAGGCUGGCGACGGGACGGAUUAUGGCCUGUUUAUAUACAGCAUCGAGAAGGUUGCCGACCCUGUGAUGGAGAAAAACUACGAACAAAUGCGGUCCCGAAUGUUAGGAGCCACCGAGAAUGCCGACGCGGCGCUGCUCGUACAGGAUUCCCUUGCUGACGUAAUGGUCCCCCCGCCCUACACAGAAGCAGUCGCAGCAUGGAUGGAACAAGCGGCAGAUGGACCACACGUGAGCCUGGCAAAGUCAGCUGGCGAGAUGUUCGUGUUUCAUGGAACUACGGAACAGGCUGCGCUAUUGAUCGCGACGUCGGGCCCUAUAGCCGCACGCGGCAAGUUUGGCACUGCGUUUUACACCACCGACCAAGCCAUCAAGGCGAUCCAGUACGCCAAUCUGAUAAAUUAUGAGGGGGACUCUGGAAAUACCAUUCGCACUCCGGGUUACACUCUGAUGAUACAGGCUUUGCUGGGUCGGAAGCCGCGCGAAUAUGUGGGAGUGAGUGUGAGAGCAAAUUCAAAAGAGCUCCUAGAACAAGACGGAACACCGAAUGCGUUGGUUGUCAACGGCGUAGGCGAGAAACAGGUUGCCGAAUACAAUGAGCACCGUGAGAUUCUUCUUGCCCAUACGGAAGGCACCGUUUUGCCAAAAUUCCUGGUGCGUUUCCAAGACCAAAAAUAUACGGGAGACCUGGCCAAGAAAGAACUGGAUAUCCUUUUGCGGAAACACGAGACAGCCGAGAGCGAAGAGGAGAAAGAAGAAUGGGUACGAGAAAAGACCGACAUUCUGAAAAAGAAUCCCGCUGCUGUUUGUUCGAUCGCCGACAGGGUGGAGGAAAUAGGUCGUAGUGCCUUGCAGCCCGAAAGCCUUUGGGAUAUUGUCCUGAAAGGGGUUUUGCCUUCGGGUGAAGGAGCCGAUCUCUCGGUAACAAGUCGGGCGUUGCAGUGUUGCGUGUUUCGGAUGCUUCCGCAAGGCUUGCUGCGGGAUGCUUUCAAUACGGGGAUGUUGAUGGCAUCCUCAACUGCGAAAAGUGCAUCAAAGUGCUUCGUCCAGCGUGGUUCUAUUCCGGAAGACAUUCCUGUGCAGAUCGUUCUCGAAAGCGUGGGUGUGUGGCAGAUAAUGGGCAGCGACCCGGUUUUCGUGGAGAACGCGCUGAAGCAAGACGCUUUCUUCCUCGAGCGCUUUCUUGCUCGCUACCCCAAAGAUCUCAGCGAAGUGUCAGCGAAAUGGUGCGCUGAUGACGCCCCACUGUUACGAAGGGUCUUCUUAUUGGCAGCCGGGAACGAGGCCAACGUCGCCACCCUCCCCGCCUUGUCCGAGAGCAGUUGGGGCGACAUUGCUGCCACACUGCCCUCUCACCAUCUCGAGGAAACGAAGAAGGAAGAGCUUGUGGAAAUACUCCGCAAUAUCCCGCAGUGCUGGCAGGGGGUCCUCGAGGAUUCUCUAAAGGGACGCGCUACAGCUACGGAGGAAGUUUCCCCUGAGGAAAGUUCUUUGACCAGACAGAAGCCCGGUGUCGACAUAUUGACCCAUCUCAUUAAAGCAGCCCGUGACAGGUUCUGUGAGGCAAUACACACCCACGGUGAGGCCUGGGCGAUGCUGUCAAGGGAGAGAAACGCAGUUGCGGCCAAAGAAUGUACGGAGGACGAGCAGAAGAUGGCCGUUAAGAUAAACGCAGAGAAUCUCAAAUUCGUCAAAUUGAGCCUAAGGAACGAUCGCGAUACGGUGCUGGAAGCUGUACAAAAAGACGGCGAUCUCCUGAAAUAUGCAGGCGAUGGACUGAUCAGUGACACAGGGUUCCUCCGUGAAGCUAUUGAACAAAAGAGCACGCGUGGAGGGGACGAGAAAUUAAUAACCCUAUUGUCUAUAAGGGGAGAGGUCGUGCUCGUGGGAAAAGUCAUCUGGAACAACAAGGAUCUCAUGCGCUCAAUUUUGAAGAGUGCCGAGUAUUCGGAGAAAUGGAAAUUCCAAGCUUUGGAAAGGGCGCUCAAGUAUGCACAGCUUCAUGACACGUCCUCACCCUCCAGAGAUGAUGAAGCGCUUAUGCGUCAUGUGAUUGAAAGAAUGACGGACGAUAGUUGGAAACUCGCGAUUUUCCGUUACGCUGGUGCUGGCCUCAAAAGGAACGAAGAGUUCGUUCGUUGGGUUAUGCAAAGCACGGCGUUAUACAGGGAGAGGGACAGUAUUUUCAUGCUCGCUGGUGAUGGCCUGAAAGGUAAUGCAGAUUUCGUUUCUUGGGCUAUUCAAAGCAUGACGGACAAGGAUGGGAAAUGCAGGACUUUCAAUGGCGCUGGUAAGGACCUCAAAGAGAACGAAGAAUUCGUUCGCGGCGUUAUUGAAAGCAUGACGACACCGCGUCAGAAAGUCAAUAUUUUCAAGGGCGCUGGGAUUGGCCUCAAAGAGAACGAAGAAUUCGUUCGCGGCGUUAUUGAAAGCAUGACGACACCGAGUCAGAAAGUCGAUAUUUUCAACGGCGCUGGGAUUGGCCUCAAGGGUAAAGUAGAUUUCGUUUCUUGGGCCAUGCAAAGCGUGCAAAGUCGUGACGGUGUGGACGAUGGGCAAAGCGUGCAAAGCCAUGACGAUGAGGUCGACCCUAGAGUCAAGAUAUUGGAGAGCGCCAGUCCUGAACUCCGAAGCAACGCGAGUUUCAUGCUUAAGUGUAUUAGCGAUGACGAUGCUCCUGUGGACAGAAGCGAAUUCUCGAACCCGGAUGCGGUGUACAAGCUGCCGGUUUUCGAUCUUGCGCUUGCCUCCGAAACAGCUCUACUAAGAGAGGACGAGGCGUUCAUCCUUGCUGUGAUGGAAAUGAUGACGCGCGAACAGUCGAAGUUCGAAGUCUUGGAGAAGGCUGGGGAUGGCCUCAAAGCGAAGGCAGAGUUCUUAUCCAAGGCUAACGAAAGCGUAAAAGCAGGCAGUAUAAAGUGGAAGCUGCAGGAACUCGCGGGCUCCGCGAGAGAGAUAGUAUUAAAUAGCCUUUUUAAUGGUGAGUAGAACACACCUCCACAAGGACGACAGCUCCAUGAUUACGAUUAGGUGACGAGCGAGACUUCCUGUAGCGAGGCGAUUGCGAACGCCACUCGGCUCUUCUUCAGGUUGCUCUAGAAAAAUUACUUUUAGCCAAGAACAAGUCAAGAAUGACGACGAGUUUUACUGGCGGGAUCAUGAAGAGGCUAACUACUACGAAGAACAUAACAAGGAUGAUGAAGACUAUUAAGAAUCUUGUCUAUGAAACAUAUCCAUAUCGUCGAUGAGGAUGACGCGCCUGCAGUGGAAUAGUACGGUUUUACGAAGAAGUUGCGCUGAUUAUAAAAUUCAUCAUUUGAUGUGGCUGUGUAAUUAUAUAUUAGAGCAGUUUAUAGAACGGAUGUGGGUGGUACUCGGAUGGAUCGGAUGGAUCGGAUGGACCUCCCUGGUUUUUCAAGUGGGUGGUCGGAUGGAUCGGAUGGACCUCCGGGAGGGGGGGCGGAUGGAUCGGAUGGACCUCCUGGAGGGGGGAACGGAUGGAUCGGAUGGACCUCCUGGAGGGGGGAACGGAUGGAUCGGAUGGACCUCCUGGAGGGGGGAACGGAUGGAUCGGAUGGACCCACUGCCGACCCGUCUGACCACCCCUAUUUAGCAGAGCUAACUAAUUUUCUAUCAAAAUUCGUUUCUAGCACUAGGAAAAGCCUCCAGCGCCGCCAGGUGUAAGUGGUGGCUUCAUAGAAUAACACUCAUUGUGGCGCCCGUGGCUUGGCCUGCGGGUCCCGAGAUGCGCAUGCGCUAUUCUGAGAGGUGCCCGCGAGUCUCAUGGCAUGCCUGAGGCUCUGAAAGGCAAUUAAUUACUUGUCGGUAACCAUGCGUGAGAGUGUAGAUUCCCCAGCCACGCUGUAGUUGAUAGAUUAGCUGAGUUAUCUA